AAUCUACAGUACGCUCGAAAGAGCCCUCGCUCACGGCUCGAUUGCUCAUCGCAUCUCAUAGACUAGACAGCAACGCAGGAGACUCGGUACCCGUCCCACUACUCGCCAAGCCCUUCCCAUCAUGGGUAUCACGAGAAAUGAGAAGAUCCGCUUGAACUCGAUCAAGACGGUCACCUUUCAUCAGGACGCUUUGACCAAGUCUAGGCGGAACGAACCUAUAGCUCAAUUGACCUGCAAGGGAAAGGCCUGCGAGUUGUUCCAGCCCGAGGUCGUACAAUGUACGAGCAUGGGAGACGAUGGGAGUGGGGACAUGCAAUGGAAGUGUGACACCGACCUUCCCUCGAGCCUGAGACUCGGCGAGGUUCAUGUGGGAUGUGAAGGGUGGAGCCGACCGGGAGACAAAUUUGUCGUCAAGGGAUCUUGUGGAUUGGAAUACAAUCUGAUCCAAGUAGACCGCCGGUUGGAUGAAGGUGGAUUGUACGAUUUUUCAAGGGGACAAAACCUGGAUUGGCCCGCCUUAUUGUUCUCUUUGGCGUUCUUUGGAAUGGCUUUCGCCAUCAUCUACUCGAUCGUCAGAUCUUGUUUACAGCGACACGCUCCACCGUACGCUCCUCGACCGCUUGCGAAUUUCUGGCCUGGAGGUGGUGGUGGUGGGCACGAUGGUGGCCCCGGAGGCCCCGGUGGUGGCGGAACAGGUUUCAAUGGCGGUGUUCCGCCUCCACCAUACACGAAAGAUCCGGCCCGUCCGGUUGACCCGACUACAGCCUCAGCUUCGUCGUCGUCGUCGACUAACUUUCUGACCGGCGCAGCUCUGGGAGGCGCUGCGGCCUACCUCUUGUCCGGCGGGGCCGGUCGGGAUCGCAACACCGAGACCGAGUGGGAUCGGUUCAGGACGGGAGCACCACUCGAUUGGCAGACCGACGAUGGUCCCAGACGACGUGGAGAAUCCAGUCGGAUGGCAGCGGCUCGGGCGGACAGUGGUACUGGGGGGCUGGGAGAUAUGAGACGAGCCACGGGUUUCGGGGGUUCGAGCGUCCGAUAAGUCGAUGGGCUUUGUGGAUCUGUACGGGAGAGCGCUUGUUCUCGCUGUGUAUGUCUAGGGAUCCAGUAGUAACACAUGAUGUAUGUGUUGUCAUGCCUUUAACAGUCCAGAGCUGUACGAGGGCGGAGCCAGCACCUAGCAUAUAUGAUUGAAAUCGAUUACAACGUUAUAACCUGGUAAAAAUAGUGUCCCGGCGACUAGACUGCCUAUAGGAUUUGCGAAUCCGCUGUUUGAACAAUCGACAGUGAAUGUAUGCCGUGCGGAGGCGACUCACAGCCUCUUAUCCUAUUUCGUCAUGGCUGCAUUCAGGCUGUAUUCGGGUUGCGUGUUCUACCCGAAACAAGAUCCGAACGUGUCAGGUUUGGUCCGGGCUAUGUCCGAUAUUUCGGA